AUGUUCGGCUGGGGCCGACGACGCCACAAGGCGCCCGGAAACGACAUUCUCGCCUCUGCCGAGGCGGCCGACGCGGGCGGCGACGCGGCUCUUGCGAGGGCGCUCUACGAGCAGGCGGCCGAGUCGCUCCUCGGAUCUCUGUCGGAGGAGAGCGACCCGACUGUCAAGGCGCUGCUCCGCGUGAGUGCGACGCGCGCGCUCGAGCGAGCGGAGCGGCUGCGCGAGGCUGGCUUCACCGCCGCCGCCACGCCAUACCCAGGCGCGCCAGCUUUCCAGCCUCCGCAGCAGCAGCAGCAGCCACCGCAGCAGCAGCAGAUGGCUCGGCGGCGUGGCGUCGCAGUCAGCAGCAGUAGCAGUAUGCCGCAGCAGCAGCCACCGCAGCCGCAGCCCACAGUAUACGACCUCUCAGGCAACCCGAUCGCGGCGCGGCAGCCGUCUGCAAAGCUCGAGCAGCUACAGGCCGUCCGUGCGGUCGUCGGUGACGGCUUGUCGGACGCCGACCUCCGCCUCCGUAUUGCGCGGCAUGGCGAUGAUGUGGACGGCGUGAUCAACGAGCUGCUCGAGGAGUUGGUCGCUGAGAGCAGGACCGAGGGCCCGUCCGAGAUGUGGACGUGUCCGGCAUGCACUCUCGAGAACCGUCCCGGCGAGGCUGCCUGCGCCGCCUGCGAGCAGCCGCGCCCGCGCCCAGUCAAGCCGCCGCAGACAAUGGACGAGUUCCUGGCGAGCACGGGCGGCGGGCAGGUUCGGCUGGCCGUCUCUCUCCGGCUGGCGGACGGGACCACCGUCGAGCGGUCCCUCUCGCUGCCAGCCUCCCUCGCACGCCGGCAUCUCUGCCGACUGGUCGACGGCGGCGCUGGAGAGCCUGUGCACGCAGAGGCGGGCGAGCGGGUCGGCCUGCCGCAGCACGCGUCACGCAAGGCCCACAAGCCGCGCGGGCCGGCGCAGAAGCCACUGGUGGACGUGCUGGCGGUGGAGGACGUGCGGGCGCAGCUGGGCGACGGCGCGCUGGAGCGGCUGGUGCAGAGCGAGCUCCGGUCGCGUGAGCGGAGCGACGGCAACGCGCGUGUGAACCCCGACGUCCGAGCCGACGCGGCGCUGUAUGACGACGGCGUGGGCGGCGCGUUCGAGCGCUCCGUCUUCAUCGACCCGACGCGCAGCGCGCGCUCCGGCGGCGGCGGCGGCGAGGGGCGGCAGGUGCAGGUCAAGGCGCCUCCGCUCGGCUCCGACGCCAAGGCGAUUCCGGUCGCCUACGAGACGGCGGCCGUCGGGAGCCGCAUCGCAAACAUGGCCCGCGUCGGCGGCCAGCGGGCCAGCUCGCGCGAGGCCGUGCUCGCCCAGCGCAAGGUGCUCGAGCGCAAGCUGGUGCGCAGUGCGGAGCAGCGCUGCACGGUCGUGCCGCUCGGGGUCGCCGGCGCGCCCAGCCUCCGCAUCCUCACGCCGCUCGGCGACGAAGGGCCGGCGGCGCACGCCGCCGCGCCGCCGCGCGCGCAGCGGUACGGCGCGCUCUUCUGGAGCGAGCUGCUGCACGAGGUGGUGGUGCGUGUGAUGGGGCGGAGCAGCGUGAGCGAGGUGGUCGAGGGACUCUACUACAUGCCCACCAUCCGCGCCGACGUCUUCGUCUGCUCCUCCCUCGCCGACUCGCCAGCCGCCGGGCUGCACAUCAACGUCCUCGUCUUUGAGCAGUCCCUCGCGUGCGAUUGCGAGGAGGACGACCACGCGAGGCCACUGCGCGUCAGCGCGUGCAGGAAGUCCUUCUCCCAGUUUCUGAGGAUCCUGGGUUGGGUCAUGCCCUUUCUGCUCAGAUACUUUGUGAUGUCGCCGACGCUUAUCUGA